AUGUAUCAUCGACCAUCAGUAACGACCAACGGCGAGAACAGGAUCCCCCUGGCUGCCUGUGGAGAGCAGGAGCCCUGCCGUCCGACAAGCCUGCUGCCUGCUGACUGGAGCUCUGGGCUGGGUUUGGGAAGGGAAGAUGAGCCAUUACCUCCAGGUCUGGAGACCCUUCCUCUCCGACUGAUGCAGCAGGACUGCACUUCUGUCAAAACCCUGCUUUUGAGACUGAGACGGACACUGCAGGAGAGCACUGAGACAAGUCCUGCAAGCAGCCUCCAGUCUCUACCCAUAAGCCCUUGCAGUGAAAAGUCCCUUCCAUUUAAGGAUCCCAGCAGAGAAGGGGCCUUGCUGCAACAACUGAGAGAGAAAGAUGAACUGAUCCUCAGACUCCACAGUGAACUGGAGGGUGCCAAAGCUGCCCUGAAGAUGAAAGACUGCCAAAUGACUGACCACGCAACACAGACGGAACACAUGGGGCCAGAGGGCAUCAAGGCGCAUGGGAGCGCUACUUUGUCGUCAAGGAGACAACUGAUGCUGACAGAGAACAAAGCAGACAGAACAGAGCAGGACAGGACAGAAGGGACUGUGGUGGCUACUGCUGUGAGCCUCUCAUCCCAGCUAACCCCACCUAGCCCCAGGGGCAGCACAGAGGAGAGGGGGGGCUGUCAGCAGAAGCCCUCUCCCCCACGGGCAGGGCAGAGCGGCGCAGGGAGGCGGGCACCUAACUGGGCACAGAUGGCAGCAACAGACAGGGACGGUGGCGACAUAAACACGUUAAUAAAUAAUUAUCCGAACAAUGACACUCGGUACACCGGAGUAGGCGGGAGGGGGACAGAAGGACAGGAGGAGAGAGGACACUGGAAGGGAGGACAUGAGGAAAAAAAUGAAGAUGAGGAGAGGAUCUAA